GCCUUGUGCUAUACUCAACUCUCUCUCUCAUUCUCUUUCUCUUUCUCUUUUUCCAAACACACACACACACACAGCCCCAAAGAAUCAUCAUGGCUGAUAUACUGAAUGCAGAGCAAAUUGUUGAAUUGCAGGAAGCCUUCAGCCUCUUUGACAAAGAUGGAGAUGGUUGCAUAACCAUAGAAGAAUUGGGCACAGUGAUCAGGUCUCUAGAUCAAAAUCCCACCGAGGAAGAGCUCCACGACAUGAUCAACGAGGUCGAUAUCGAUGGCAAUGGCACCAUUGAAUUCGCUGAGUUCUUGAACCUCAUGGCCAACAAAAUGAAGGAAACUGAUGCAGAGGAAGAGCUUAAAGAAGCUUUCAAGGUGUUUGAUAAAGAUCAAAAUGGUUACAUCUCAGCCACUGAGCUACGGCAUGUGAUGAUCAAUCUUGGUGAGAAGUUGACAGAUGAAGAGGUGGAACAGAUGAUUAGAGAGGCUGAUUUGGAUGGUGAUGGACAGGUUGAUUAUGAUGAAUUUGUGAAGAUGAUGAUGGCCAUUGGAUAGAAAUAUCUCAAGUUUAAUUUUUUUGGUAUUUUGAUUCCAUUUAUUACAUUGUUGUGCAAACCUUAGGAUCAAUUAGUCAAUCCUGAUGCAAGAAAUUUCAGAUUUUGUUGAUUGUAUUCUUUCAAAUUUUUAGUUCAAAUGAACAAGAAUCUUCAGAUAAUGUUGCAAAA